GAUUCAGUAGAUACUCUACCGUGAACGUAUACAGUCACUCAUUCGUCCACGAUAACCUUGUUGACAUUCGCGCGCUUUUUGACUGACCUUUUUUAUUUGAUCCAGUGUUCUGUGUUUAUUGUUAUUGUGGUACGCCGCAGUUUAAUGUGUAAUGUGACUGUAAUAUGACAAGCGUGUUAAAAAAAUCUAGAGGCACUAAAGGAAAAUCAGAAUCCAUGCAAGAAGAUUUGCCUUCAAGAUGGAAUGUGUCCCGAGGGCACAGAGGAGAAGAUGUUGCCAAGCUUAUCAAAUAUAUUGACGACAGUAUUAUCGGCAAGGGAAACUCUUUUUGCGGACCAUUCGGACGUAGAAAAGUUGUAUAUUGCGACUACAGCGGGUCGGGUCGAGGCUUGCAAUGGAUCGAGGAAUACAUAGAGAGAGAAGUACUGCCGAUACAUGCGUCUCUGUCUACCGCGCUCUCUUUGACGUCGCGGCAGUCCGAAAUAUAUCGGUCAGAAUCAAAAGAAAUAAUCCGGAAGGCUGUUGGUGCUAGUCAUGAGGAUGUGCUGGUUUUGGGAGCGUCACUCGGCAGGUUCCUUAGAGCCUUGCGACCUCAGAAGGCUGUGGUGUUCGUGUCUUCGAGAGAGACUGAGCAGCAGCUUGCUUCUUGGAGAGAGUCCGCUGCAGAGAUCAUCAAAAUACCAGAGACAAAAGAAGGAUUCAUAGAUCUCAACAACUUGGAGCACAAGCUUCAAGAGAAUACAGGGACAGGGAAAAGAAUGAUUGGUUUCUUUCCUGCUGCGUCGAAGCUAACAGGACUACUGGCUGAUGAUGUGGCAACAACAUUACUCCUGCACCAAUACGGAGCUUGGUCGUUCUGGGAUUAUACAUUUGUAGCACCAACUACAGCAGUGGAUAUGAAUCCAACGUUUCCUGGCGUUGAAGAGGGUAUGGUCAAGAAGGAUGCUGUCUUCUUCAACGUUGAGAAGUUUGUUGGAGGAGUACAGGGGCCCUAUGUGGUCGUAGUGAAGAGGGAUGUGUUCAAGAAUUCUUCAAUAUAUUGUGAGGAUGUUGAUGUAUUAUCAGAAUCAAUCGAAAAUAUGCGAUGCACGGAGGCAGUACGAGCAGCAAUUGUGAUGCAACUUCGCGAUGCCGUCGGUCUUCAGAACAUUGCUGAUAGACAAGAUGCUAUUACAAGACAAGUUCUUUCGCACAUCAAGAACAUCCCGGAGGUAAUAUUACUGGGCAGCGAAGUGCCUACAGUUAGGAGGCUGCCUAUAUUCUCUCUAAUGGUAAAGCAUCCCAGAGGCACAUUUCUGCACCAUAACUUCGUCUGCGCCAUACUCAAUGAUGUCUUCGGUAUCCAGGCAAGAGGUGGUCUCAAUAGUAAUCUGAGCUAUGGAUGUGAUAUAUUGGGAAUAGAUGACCAACUCCUUAAGGAAUAUGAAAAGUUAUUGAAUGUGGAGGCGCAAAAAGAAAUUGCAAAAAUUCGGAAACUAAGCGUUGUUAAAUCGCCUGAAGUGCCGAUACAUAAUGAACCACUAAGACCCGGCUUCUGUAGGAUUUCUUUACCUUUUUUUAUGUCGGAUGGUGAACUGGCGUUUGUUCUCGAAGCUCUGAAGAUGGUAGCUACAGAAGGCUGGAAGAUUCUGCCUCAAUACGUCGUCAAUGCUGAAACGGGACAAUGGAAACAUCACACUUGUUCAAUACUUAGAGACAAAAAGUCACUACAUUCUAUCAGAUUUCAAGAUGGCAAAAUGACGGCCAAUGAAAGACGAAUAUCUGGACCAGGAAUAUUCCCGACUUCAUAUAAUGAAUGUUUGAAAACUGCUAGAAAUCUUUUUAACAGAGCUAGAAAACUGGCAAUGAAGUACCCACCUAUUGAACCUAUAGUAGAUUUCAAUCCAAAAGUUGAUUAUCUUAGAUGGUUCAUGUUGCCUAAAGAAGCUCACGAGCUUUUACUUGGUCGAUCAGCUAACGUGAAACACAUUGUGCCUUUCGAUCCCUCAGGAUUUACAGGAGCAAGAAAAAGCCUGAUUAAUAUAUCCAGAUCUUCUACAACUUCUUCACCUAUAUUGGGCUCAUCUCCAAGACACUUUAGUCUGUCAUCUAUUGAUGAUUGCCAAAUCUUCAGACUUAAGCAUAAAGAAAAGUUUUAUUCUAGAGAAUCAAGUCUUAAAGAAACUACCAAAGAAGAGGCAGUGACAGUAACACAACAACCUGUACAGUUUGCGUUAGGAGAGUCAGUUUCACCUUUACGCAUAAUAACUCAAAACUCGAGACCAACUUUAGUGAGGUCGAGAUGCUACAGUUUGGGUUCUGACAUUCCACAGGUCCCGCUCAGCCUUGCAGCAAAGUUGAAUCUUGGAUUAAAGGAAGCGGGUAGCAAUGAAGAAAAAACUAAUUAUUGUAACUGUGGCAGCCAAACAGAUCUUCAGUCAUUAGAGAAUACAGACGCGUCAUCAAAUAAAAAAUACCCAUAUAGUACACAGAGUAGUACAUCCAUAUCUGACUGCAGCCAAGUAGGCAGAACGUCACCAACGGCUUCUAUUACAUCUCAAACUUCGGAAGAUCUCACAUAUGUAAAAGAAUUUACAAAGAAUAUUGCUACUGAAAUCAAAUCUGAAAUAAGAGAGGUAAUUUCAAAAGUGGAUGAUAUACUUGAAAAUUCAGAUCUACUUGAACAAUCCAAUGCUAGUAUGACAUCCAUUUCUAGUCAAAGCGACAGAAAUUCUGUGUCAGUUAUAGAUGUCGCUGAAUAUUUAAUGGGUGUGUCAAGAGAAAUGGCUUCGGAAGUAAAACAUGAGAUCCGUGAAAUGGUAAAUCAGGUAGAUGAGAUGAUUUCACCGGAUUAUACAGGAUCAAGUUCCAGAAAGAACUCUCCACCAAAACCUAUAAGGCAGAGAAUAGGUUCCGGGCCAGAAUUAGGCUUGGACCUUCACAAACCCAAUUCUAAACAAAUCUUGAAGAAAUGUCCUACUAGUCCAGUAUUCUCGUCACAAUAUGAUGAAGAUGACAAAAGCUUCAAGUGUUUAUCAUCUCCUAAAUCAGUACAACGCACACCCUCCCUGGAAACAUCAGGCCCUAACAGCAUCUCAUUUAACUCUAGUGAAACCUCAACACCAGAUACAGUAAUACAAGUGAUUUCAACUCAAAACUCUCCUAAUUUACCGAAGUCUUUAAGCUCAAAUAAACUGUCAGAUGAUGAAAACAGUUGCACGGAUGUAGCUUGCCGACAUUGCUGCGUGAAGAAGAGUUUGUGCCAAAACCCAUCAGUGAGCUCGCAGGAUAGUGGCAUCAACAUGACAUUUACUGAAACUGACUCUUAUUUAGAUUUGGCAAAAUGGCGCACAUCUUCAGAUCCAACUACAAACAAGUUAAAAAAGCUCCAGGGCAGACUAAGAAUAUGCCAGAAACAUGAGAAAAGUGAAGUACCAGAUAUAAUCGAAGGUGUUCCUGUGUGUUCGGGACCACAGCCGUAUCCGGAAACGAUACCGGGAAGAGUCCUCUUUCAGAUGCCUGGUGAAAAACAAAAUAGGAACACGUUAGAUUUGAAACGUUCAAGUCGUUCGUCUAACGCUUCUUCCAGCUGUUCGGAGCGUAGUUCCAGAUCUAGUGGAUACAGCACUGAUGUUCAGAGGUCUUCGCGAGACGAAGUUUAUUGUGACAGAAGUGAGUCGGAAUGCCCUUUUAAGUCAGAAUAUUGCGGUGAGGAGACAGAGCAUGACGAUAGUAGUGCAUGCAGUGACACCUCCCUGACGGAAUUUACCUUCGAUGAUGAGGGGAAAUGGCACCGCCUACCGAAACCUGUCUGGAAGGCCACAAUCGAGGCAAUACAAGAGUUCAAUAUGAUCCGCGGAGGGGACAAAGUACUAGUUUGUCUGUCUGGCAGCCGGGAGUCCAUCGCACUUCUUCACACUCUGCACCAAUUCCAAUUCUACUCCAGAGCUAAAGGGAUCCACUUCUCAAUCGGUGCUUUAUACAUCCACGUAGAGCAGUCACAAGUGGAUCCCCUGCACCUAAUGGCGUACUGCAGAACUCUUGGUGUGAAGCUUAUAUACCAGGACAAAAUUGACGACACCGAACGCAGAAACAGCAACAAGUUGGAGGACGUUCACCGCUGGGCGAGUGCGGCCGUCCGUCGCAGUAUGUGUAGCGCUGCGCAUGCGCACGGCUACGGCGUCGCUGCGGUGGCACAGAACCUCGACCACGCCACCCGCGCCUUCCUCGCUAGCGCCCUCUAUGGAGGCUCACUCAAGACACUGAAGGCACACUAUAGACUGAGGGAUGACGAUAUCCGUGUUAUAAGGCCAUUCAUAUACGUCCGAGCAAGCUCGCUGGAAGCAUUCUGUUGUUCGCGAUCUCUACCAAACUUCUCGUCUAUGCAGACGGACGAGAUUGAUUCAAGCAAACCUCUAACCCGUUCAAUAUCAGAGCCAUGCGGCAGCUCAGCAGAAGUGUUGGAGUUAGACUCUGAAAAGGAUUCUCCACUUGUAACUGCUCGCAAUAUUCUAGACGAGCAGGAACAAACGCAUCCGUACAUGUACAGUAGUCUAAAGAGCGCUUUACACCCUCUUAUUAGCGGCAGAAAUGUCGACAAAGAUCAAAAAGAACAGAGACACAGAAAGAAAUCUGUGAUACAGAUGAAAAAUGGCGCUCGAGUCUACGAUUCAGAUGACGGCACGGAAGAAGAAUAUGUGCCAUAGAUUAUAAACAAACUAAUUUUACCGCCAAAACUCAAGUUUUACUGUCAACAGUGCAUGCCAUAAUUUUAUUAUUUACUCAGUGAUUGCGUUGUGAUUAUGACCAUUAGUAUUAAUUAUAGUUUCUCAUUGUGUUAUUUUAUUUACUGACUUUUUGUUUUUUGUAUUAAAAUACAAGAAAAACACAUUUUGGUCACAGACCAAAGGGAUAGUUUAAAUCCGUGCGCGGAUUUUAUUCUAAAAUAAUUUUAUGUAUUUAAAAUGUUGCGUUUAAAGUUAAUCAUUAUUCUUACACAUUUAAUUGUGUUUGAUAAUCAUCCUACCAUUUUGGUAAGACACUUGUGCAUAAUAAAAGAUAUUUUUAAUGUCGAUGUUGUAUGAGAACAUAUUAUAUUAUUAUUAGAUUAUUUAUUGUUGAAUGAUCAAGAAAAGUUAUUUUCGUUUUUAUGAUGAGUAAAUUUUAUUAAAGGAUUUAUGAGCCAUUAAUUUAUGGCCACAUGUUUGAAAACUUAUAUUUUGAUAAUAAUUGUAUUAGAAGAGCAUAUUAUUCAUAUUGUCCGUAUUUUAAACUUAGAGUCUAUAAUGUUGAAUGUAGUUUUCAAAAUCUUUUAAUACUUGAAGCUCUUUGUGUGACUUUCAUUUAAAAUACUUAAUCCAUUAAAAAUGGAUUAAGUAUUUACUUAUUUAUAGAUGUGGCAACAUUGCAAUGAAAUUGUUUCAUUGAAUGUUCGUGCCUUUAUUAUUUGUUGACAAUUAAACAUAAGCUGGUCUCCUAAUAUUACAUACCUUUUGUUUGGGUCAGCAACAUUUUUUUUUAUGAGAUUGUGGGACGAGACGAGCAGGACGUUCAGGUGUUGGUAAUUGAUACGCCCUGCCCAUUAACAAUGCAGUGCCGCUCAGGAUUCUUGAAAUACCCAAUAAUUCUGAUUGGCACUACAAUUGCGCUCGUCACCUUGAGACAUCUUUUAAGAUGUUAAGUCUCAUUUGCCCAGUAAUGUCCCUAGCUACGGCACCUUUCUGACCAAAACAAAAUAAUGCUUACACAUUACUGCUUCACGGCAGAAAAGGCAUCGUUGUGGUACCCAUAAUCUAGCCGGCAGCGUGUGCAAAGGAGACUUCCAGUGGUCAAACAAUUCUUUGACUAUCAAAGGUGAAAGAAGUCAUUCAUAUGUUUCAAAAUAUGUAAUCGUUAGGAUUUUAGAAAUGUUAAAGUCAAUAAAAAUUAUUGCUAAUGUUUUAUAAAGUAAGUUUUUAUAUCAUUUGCAUUAUUUGUCUCUUAGCUAUAUUUUUGUACUAAAUACAAUAUAUUCCUAUGUGUUUUAUUAUAAUAUAAGAUUAGAAAUAUGUUUAUUAUUAUUGUUAAGGUUCAAGUCCCAUAAACUGCUUCCAAUGUAUUCAGGCAUAAGCCUGUCAAUAAUAAAAGAGAUUUAUUGACUAUUAAUAAA